UUAUAAAAAAGAACCUCGGGAGGAGGCAGAUCCCUGGGAGGAAAGCCUGGGAAAGAGUCGGGACACUAAAGCUGCAUCUCUGGUCGGCCCAGUGCUCCUGGGAUAGGUGACUGCAUCAUCUGUUGGGUGUAUCUCUGUCAGUUGUUUGCUUGGCUGCUGCGAGAAGCCAGGCCCAGAGGGGAGCUGAGGCAGUGAGAUGGCUGACUGCUAUACAGAGCUGGAGAAGGCAGUUGUUGUCCUGGUGGAAAACUUUUAUAAAUACGUCUCCAAGCACAGCCUGGUCAAGAACAAGAUCAGCAAGACCAGUUUCCGAAAGAUGCUCCAAAGAGAGCUGAACCACAUGCUGACGGACACAGGGAACCGAAAGGCAGCUGACAAGCUCAUCCAGAAUCUGGAUGCCAACCACGACGGGCGCAUCUGCUUUGACGAAUACUGGACCAUGAUUGGUGGCAUCACCAGUCCCAUGGCCAACCUUAUCCGCCAGCAGGAGUGCCAGCAGGAGUGCCAGCAGGAGAGUCAGCAGGAGGGCCAGCAGGAGCAGCAGGGCAGCAGCUAGAGGCCCCUCUCGGGCCCCUUUUCAUGUCCUUACCUAUGUCCUGCCAGUGUUCUUCUUCCCAUGCUUUAAAUUGACUCUUUCUUCCUUCCUGUUCCCUCCAGACCUCUUCCUACCCUUGCUGAACCACACAAGGUGCUGAACAGCACAAGGUGGGGUGGGGGUGGGGCUAUCAAGGCCUCUUUGUGAUUGCCUCACUGUGGUAGUGCUGCCCUGAGCACUCAGUCCCUGGAGCCUGUAGGCCCUGAGGGGGGGGUGUCCCCUUUGUGAAAUAUCGAUGCUGUUUGGGGGCCCCCCAAGACUUUCCUCACUUGUUGAGUCUGUGUGCUCUUGCAAAUGGCUGAUGUUCCUGUCUGAUUCUUGCCUGAUUCUGGGUCUGUCCUGACCUCUAGAGGUCAGCUUGCUGCUUGAGGUCUCCCAGCUCCUGGCUGUGGCAGCUGUGGUAAUGGCAGUACCAGAAUUACCCUCUUCUUUUCCUUCCAACCACUUAGCUGGGUGGAGAGGCAUUCCCAGGGGCUCCUGUCCAGCUGUCUCUGUCUGGGAAUGAUCUAACCUGGGUUGAGCCCCCUCUCUGCCUGCCACCGAAAUAAAUGCUGGAUUUGGAGUUUGUAA